AUGUCAUCGACGGAAGCGAGCUAUUCGCGCGGAGCUAACUUUGAGUCCGACAACUCAGAUGACAUCCUCACUCCCGAAGAGCAGAGGCUUCACGCCGCGGCCAAAUGCUGCACAGCUGACUCAAUCGACGAAAUAAGUCUUUUGGUAUCCGGCCAGCUAGGCUUUCCACCGGUGGAUGUCAACUCACGCAACGCUGUCGAUCGAACUGCUCUUCAUUGGGCUGCGGGGAAUAAUAAUGUCGACGCACUCAAAGUACUGAUUCAAUUUGGGGCUUCUGUCGAUGCGAAGGACAUAUUUGGCAUGAACGCUAUUCUUUGGGCAGCUUGGUUCGGCCACUACGAAGCGUUCUGCUUUUUAGUUAAGUCUGGAGCAGCCACUGAAUCAAAAAACAAAAACGGCCUUUCAUUUCUUCAUUGUGCAGCAACCAAUAACCACGUGAACAUUAUUGAUAUUUGCCGACAGGAACUCCAGGACUUUAAUUUGGAUACCGUGGACGGGCAUCAACGAACAGCACUUCACGUAGCUGCUCGAGGGGGCAAUCUGGAGUCCGUUGAGGGCCUGCUUGAUUUAAAAUCAGAUCCACACUUCGACGAUAAAAACGGAGAAGUUCCCUUGCAUUUAGCCGCGAAGCAUGGUCAUGUCAAAUGCGUACAGUGCCUAGUUGACUUCGGCGCGGAUCCGAACUCGCUGAACAAGAAUAACGAAACACCUCUGCAUCUGGCAUGUCUUGGAGGUUAUAGCGACAUUGUGAUGAUCCUGCUCGAUGCGAAUGCGUAUGCCGAUGGAGAGCUUUUGUCAAUGGAAAACUGUUGCUCUGGCCCGGGCAGUUGCGCGGAGACACCGAGCACUGUCGCUUCAAGCUCGAUGGACGAGCGCGAAGUGUUGCGAGUUGGCACGCGUCCUCUUCAUCACGCCAGUCAAAUCGGCAAUCGAGAAAUCAUCAGUCGUUUGGUGCAAAAGGGCGCCUCUAUUAACGCUGUCACCGAGCUUAAACAGUCGGCGCUACAUUUAGCGACCAUUCAUUCGCAACUAGAGGGCGCCGAGGCUUUGCUCAAGUUCGGGAUAAAUCCUAAUAUCCGCGAUAAUCGCUCCGAGGCGGCUCUCCAUUUGGCUGCCGAGAAUGGCUCAACAGAGCUCGCCGAAGUUCUUUUAAAGCACGGUGCAGACAUUAAAGUGCGAGAUGGCAAAGGGAAAACGCCACUUAUGGUGGCCGCCAGGGGCAAUUAUGUUACCAUCGUUGAUAUGAUUAUAAAAGCUGAAAGCAAGGAAGUCCUCGCCAAAAUAAAUUUCAAGCCUGACUCCUCAAUUGACACCCAGUUCAUUCGAAACUUGCUCUUCAAGCUGAGUACUAAGUAUCUGCGCCGGAAUGAAUGGAAACUGCUCGGGACUUACUGGAAGUUUUCGGACACACAGAUUCGUUCCAUCGAAGAACAGUGGAUCGGAGAAAAAUCGUACCGGGAGCAUGCACAUCGAAUGCUUCUUAUUUGGCUCCACGGAUGUCUUUUGUCCAAGCAAAACCCAAUCAAAGGAAUUUUCGAAGCUCUUUGCUAUAUUGACAGACGCGAUCUAGCAGAACAAAUGCGCACUAAAGCUAAUCAAGGCCCUCAGGACGAAAAAUCAUGCAAUAUACACUUCUCAGAAUCAUUUGUUUACGAUUACGGAGACAAUGUAGUGCACAUAGAGUCAGAUGAGAUGGUCAGAAACUUAAGUGAAUGGCGACGCCAAAAAAUGAAAACCACACCAUCAAAACACGAGCUCAAGUUUGGGGAGUACUUGGGAGAUGUCGUCGAAGGACGUUACCGCCAUCAGAAGUUUGGAGAGACAGUAGAAGAAGGCGACCGCCUCUUGGCUGGCCAUGAUGAUCUUUUGAGUAGAUUGGAGGAAACUAUGGAGUCCGUUAUAGCUGCCAGCGACGGAAAGUUGAAGCGCCCGACAAUAGCGCAAAUCGCGAAAAAAAUGGACGAUUACGAUUCGCCAGCACCGAAGAAUCUUCUGGCAUCUAGAUCUCGUACUGACAAAAUCGACCUCAUAGCCAGUGAGAAUAUGCCAUCACCGUCAGAAUUCGGCUUGACGAAAGAAGAAGUUGCACAGCCAACUCCUCCUCUUGCGAAGAAAAUGCUCCAAGAAUACGACACUAUGAAGACAACUUGUGCACUACAAAAAUCAUUGACGGAGGCUGAUUUUGGAAUAACAGAAAAUACGAUCCGUCCAAAUCUCGAUAAACGGUCUAUUCCAAGCGAUCCCAAAUUGAGUAAAGGCGAUGAGCGAAAGAAGCGGCUUACAGCGUCUGACUUCGGAAUAACAGCAGAUAUGAAACCGCCUUCUAUGCAAUCGAAGCAUGACCACAAUAGUGUUGAGUUUGACCUCAUUCUUAUAUUGAGUGUUAUACUUUGGGAAGGAAAUUUAGAAGGGGCCAAAAAGGAAAAAGACCGCCUAUCAGAAUCAGACUUCGGCAUUACGGCUGAUAUGCGUCCGCCGUCCUGGAAUCUAACACCACUGAAGAGUCAAGUUCGUGAGCCAAACAUCGUCUGUGGAACUGUUGUGAAAUCAAGAGCUCAAGAAGAUCCGCUAAUUGAUUUCGGAAAGGCACUUGAUAAGAAAGAACUGUCUGAAAUCCCAACUCCUGGACUAAGAAGAAAUCCUAUUGCCGUUGAGCUCACACCGGCAGAUUUCGGAAUUGACGAAAAUACAAUUAAUCCGAUGGACACUUUCAAGAAGAAAAUUGAUAAGAUCGACAUCACUCCUUCCUUAUCGUUCACGCCGAUAAAAGUUCAUGAAAAGGAAAACAUUAUUCCGCACGCAAACCAAACGAGAGCUGAUCUUGACUUUUUAACCCCUGUAAAAACAAGCCGAGUUUUCUCCGACGAGUUUGUAGGUAACACGCCCGACAAGAACUGCUCAUUCAAUCUGCGAAACAUUACGAUUGACGACGAGACAGGAAAUCCUCUGCAAGAACCUCAGCUAACCAUCAAAAUUAAAGGCCUAUCUUCACCUUUCGAAAUCAUGCAAAGAGAUCACGGGCUUAAGAAAAUCACAGAAGAAGAAUUUCUGAAGCUUCCAAGCUACCGUCGAUUCGGCCUAGACGUAGCGAAGGCAAACGAAGCUUUGUACUCUCUCUACAAAACCUCGAAUGGAAACAAAGCACAUACAUUCAAGCUUGACGCGCUAACCCGUGUAGAGUCCAAAGCACAGCCAGCAUUACAAGUACUUGGAAGAAUCUCUCGGUUAGCAGACGGCUGUUUUCAUCUGAUAUAA